AUGGCCUCCAGCGACAUGGUUACUCCCGAAGUUCUCUGGGCUCAGAGAUCCUCGAGCUCCGAUGCCGAGAAGAACUUCAUCUACAUGACCAUCUCGGUCCCUGAUGUCCCUCGCGAGAACCUGAAGCUCGACCUGAAGCCCAACGGUCUGACCUUCACCGGCCGAUCCGACACCCUCAAGCGCACCUACCAUCUCGAGCUCGAGUUCUUCGCCGAGAUUGACCCCGCGGAGAGCAAGAUCAACCACUCUGCCCGUGAUGUCGAGUUGAAGCUGCGCAAGAAGGAGCUCAAGGAGGAGUACUGGCCGCGCCUUCUCAAGGACUCCAAGAAGGUCCACUUCCUCAAGACCGACUUCGACAAGUGGGUCGAUGAGGACGAGCAGGACGAGGCUGCCGAGGAUGACUUCUCCCAGUUCGGUGGCAUGGGCGGCAUGCCUGGAAUGGGCGGUAUGGGCGGCGGUGACUUCGGCGGCAUCGACUUCUCCAAGCUCGGCGGCGGCGGCAUGCCCAGCGCUGAGGAUGACGAUGAGGACGAUGAGGAUGACGAUGACAUGCCUCCUCUGGAGGGCGAGGAGGAGGAUGCUGCUGCUGCUGCUGCUGCCAAGCCUGCGGCCAAGGCCUAA